CUACAGGAUGUGGCUACUGAUCAUUAUGCUGGCUGUACAAGGAACUGCGAAUCUGGAAGAAGCCCAACCCAAAAUGAAUCCUGAACAAUUUAUGAAUGUGAGUGAGAAAAUCCAGUACUGGAACUAUCCUUGUGAAGAAUAUGAAGUACUCACACAUGAUGGGUAUUAUCUGAGUCUCAGCAGAAUUCCAGGAGGCUCAAAAGCAGCUAUAUUGCUGAUGCAUGGCCUGAUUUUGGAAGGCAGUGUUUGGGUAGCAGAUCUGCCCAAUAAUAGCCUGGGAUUCAUACUAGCAGAUGCUGGAUAUGAUGUGUGGAUUGGAAACAACAGAGGCAAUUCCUGGUCUAGAAGACACCAGUUCCUUACAAUUGAUCAACAGGAAUUCUGGGAUUUCAGUUUUCAUGAAAUGGGCGUUUAUGAUCUUUCAGCCAUGGUAGACUUUAUUCUACAAAAAAGUGGACAGAAAAAAAUCUUUUAUGCUGGUCAUUCUCAAGGAAGCACUAUAGGUUUUGUGGCAUUUUCUGUGGUGCCUGAACUUGCUGAAAAAAUUAAGAUGUUUUUUGCCUUAGGACCUGCAUAUACAUUCAGAUACAGUAGAAGUCUACUUUCACCAAUACUGUGGUUGCCAACAGCAUUUCUGAAGAUUAUAUUUGGGACGAAAGAACUGUGUCUGUUGAGUCCAAGACUGAGAGCAAGUAUGGCCCAAAAAUGCAGUUCCCAGUUACUGGAUGUGCUUUGCAAGCAAGUUCUUUUUCUUGUUAGUGGAUUUAAUGAAAAAAAUUUAAAUCAGAGCCGUGCCGAUGUGUAUGUAUCAAUAUUCCCAGAUUAUACAUCUGUGAAAAAUUCAAUUCACUGGAGUCAGUCAGCUAAAACAGGGGAAUUCAGAUUCUUUGACUAUGGCUCAAGAAAUAUAGAAAAAUACAACCAGACCAGUCCUCCUUUGUACAGGAUAGAAGAGAUCACAGUGCCGAUAGCAGUGUGGAGUGGAGGACAGGACUGGGUUUGCCAGCCAAAGGAAACUAUGGAAUUAUUGUCUCGAAUCACUAAUCUCAUUCAUUACAAACAUUUUCCUGACUGGAACCACUGGGACUUCAUUUGGGGACUAGACGCUGCUCAGCGCAUGUAUGUGGAAAUCCUUGGAUUGAUGGAGAAACACUUGUGAAUUCAUUUGUACCGGGAUUAAGGACUUGGAUUUUUUAAGGGUACAUCUGUUGGUUUCACAGUGCUUAUUUUUGGGUUCUCACUUCCUGUUAUUUUCAGUGGAUGGAUGAGUUUAAUUGGUUACAAAACUGCAUCUCUCUCAAGAAUCUAAUAGCAAAAUAAUUUGCUGCAUUUCCUAAUUUGUUCUUACUAUAGAUGCAUGCAUUUAAAAAAAUAAUUAAAAAAAUUUCUUUUAUUAAAAACUAAAACAUCGUAGCAUGCUCACUUUAUAUAGUAUCUGGUUUUGUUUUGUUUUUUAGUUCUAUAGUAUAUAAAUGUGUGUGGCCACUCUGUUGUUUCCAAACCAAGGCAUUUAUGCUCUUUAACUCCCUCCUUUCCAGGACAUCUACAGUUAUGCCAAACUUUAAAAAAAGUUUAACUUCAUUGGCACUUAGAAGGCCAACAAAGUUAUAUUCCUGGGAUAAGCUGUACCAGCAUAAAAACUUUGUUGAUUUUAAAGGUGCCACUGGACUCAAACUUAGUUUUGUUGCUUCAGACCAACAUGGCUACCCACUUGAAUCUAUGGCAAACUUAACUCUUCCUUGUAUUCUGUUCUCAAAAUCCACCUUGUCUACAAAGCCAGGUAGAAGUUGUUCAAAAUUGUCUGAUCUAAAGUUCCUUGGAAAUAUCACAGGUAAAAUGAUAUAUUGUUUGUUUUGUUUUAUCUGUUCUGGAGAUGCAGAUAACUGUCAAGACACAUUUUAAAAGUUUGUGUUUUUCAUCAGGAAAAAAAAAGUACUAAUAUAUAUAGGAUAUGAUAACUUCAUAGCUCAUUGCUCUGUGUUUUUUCAGUGCUGUAUCCGUAUAGAUUUAGGUAAUCAUUGUCCUUAAAUUGUGCUUCUUUAUUUAAGAUAAUCACUAAAAGAAAUCUUAGCCAUUGAUUAUGUGUUAAUUGAUCAGUUAGAUUACCAAUUAAAUCAACACAUAUUUGCAUACAAAUUAAACAAUAGUUUUGAAGGAAAAAAACUAAUAGUUAUGAGAUGAUACAAAGAAGGGUGGCACAAGAGACUGUGAUUGCUCAAAACUUUUACUUGAUCAAAAGGCUGUUAAAUGAACUGAUUAAUCAACUGAAUGCUGGAGCACUAUUUGAUUGCAUAAGAAAAACCUUUAGAAGAUGACUGGGAUAGUUAAAAGGAAGUUGAGAGAGAGAGAGAGACCAAGGCAGCUGAAAUCUCUGCAGAAAACUUGAAAGUUCGUUUGUUUAUUUAUUAUUUUCUGUAACAACACACAGAUCCAAAAAAACCGAACUACCUAAACAAAAUACAACUUUAAAGUAUAUAUACAGACAAUUUCAGCUUGUCCACAGUAAGAGGUAACUAUGUGUAACAGAUUUUACUGGUUACUUAAUUAUCUCUUCACAUGCAUCUGUUUUCAGCCUUUGAUAUUAUACCAUAGUCUAAAUAUUCUUUGAGUGACUUGUUUUUGCAACAAAAUUUACGUGAAGUCUCAAAUUGAUUGGUUUAUAUUUUGCCUUUGAUGUUUUUGCAAAAACGAACCUUGCUGAAGUUAACUAAUGUAAAGCUAUAAUUUCAUAUUAUUUAGGAAUUGAGACUACAUAGUUCAGUAUUACAAAUUCAAUUGUAUUCAAUUGUAUUGUCUAACUCACAUUGAAAAACUGCUGUCAAUAAUUCGAUUACCCUGCCUGAAAACAAUUUAAGCCAAUCACAUUACCAUCACAUAUGAAGGUAUAGUGUUCACCUUAAAUAAUAUAAGCAUAUUCUCUUUCAAUAAUGUUGAAACAGAAAAAGAAAAGCUCUUGGACAAAAGAUAAGACCAGUUUUGGGGCCAAUAAAUAGUCUAGAGCUCUCUGCCAUCAUAUGGUCAAUGACCAUCCCCCCCUCUAUAAAUAAAUUGUAUGUUUUAUGUAUCAUUAGAUAAUACCCUUAUAAUAUAAAAACCCAAAUGUGCUGGUCACGACUCACUGCAUCAGCCAUUGGCCUGUCAACCGCCACUCCAGUCCUAGCUUCGAACAUUCUUUUGCACAACAAAGCCUUAUGUAAAUAGGAAACUAAUGCAGCAGGGCAGCUGCUAUGGAGCUGCCUUACACUGGAGAUGAACGCUCCAAGGCUGAAAUACUGAAAGGAAUCCCCGAGACUUGUUAUUCCUGUUUCAUUUUUAGUGUUUCAUUUGUAAAGCAUACCAAACAGCAAAACUGCAUGUUUGUGGGAUUUCUUCACCAGGGGCAAUCCCUUGUUUCCUUGCACCUGCCCCAGUGAAAUUGCUGCCUUUGAUAUAUAACAUUUACCAUAUUUACUCAAAUGGAAGGUGAACCUGAAUGUAAGACAAAUCCCAAAAUUAUUGGACAGUGCGCUAACUUGCAUGAGUACCCCCCCCCACUUUUUUUGAUAGCAUACCGGAAACUUUGAAAUAAAGACUGUAUAUGAAUAUGUAUGUACAUUUGUCUGUUGAAGGAGGGCUUCAGGUAUAUUGUAUCAGGAACAGGGUUAUCUCCCCAGGCGGUACUCCCUACAAUUGAAAGGGAAUUUAGAAUCAGCUGCACGAGGUGACCUGAGUCCAGUGGUACUUUAAAGACCAGCAAGAUUUUCAGGGUAAAAGCUUUUGGGGAUCAAAGCUCUUGAAGGGUAUCCGAUGAAGGAAGCUUUGAGUCUUGAAAGCUUACACCCUGGAAAUCUCAUUGGUCUUCAAGGCACUCCUGACUCAAAUAUGUGGUGAUUGAAUUAUUUUAGCUGAUCUAAGCUUGCAUCACACCUUAACUACCUUUGGAUGGAAAGACAGUUGCAAAAUACUAUAGAUAAAUAAAAUAUAUGCCUAGGAACACUUUCCUGCCGAAGUUUGACAUUAGAAAAUGAGAGGAAGGCGCAAGGUAUGUUGUACUACAGCAUCAGCAUUAUUGUGGACAGGAGUAUGCAUCUGUUGAAAUCCCACAGGGGGGCUGCAGAAAGCAAGUACCGCUGCAGCUGUUACUGUUACAUCAGCACAAAAUCAUCCGUGGAUUUGCCCCCAUUUAGCUACUUAAUCCCCAGAGUAAAUAUGCUUUGAUUGGGAAACUACCUGUUUUGGUGCAGUGGACAAUCUUAACAGGUUUGUUAUUUCAUUUACCGCUUCCUUCCUGCAUCCUUUCUUUGAGAAAUAUCUGCAACCGAUAGGUGGCACUAAAAGUCUACAGAAACUCUGUAUACUACUAAACUGUUCCCCUCCCCAAGUCUCAUUCUUUGUAAACAAAGACUGAAAUUUGAAAUGUGUGCUAUUAAACUACUGUUUUCAUUGUCUGCAAAGUUGUGUCUUAUCUUAAGCAGAAAAUACUAAAUUAAAUAUCUUUUGUCCUA